AUUUUUGCCAUCGUUUCGAUAACCUUCAUCAUCAUCUCCACCCUGGGCCUGACGAUCGGAACCCUACCCCAAUUUCAACCAAACAUCACAGAACUCCGCAAAGCCAUGAAUUCCUCCAAAUGGUACCACAGUAAAGAGCUCUUCCUCAGUUGGUGUUACGAGACCGACGAGACGGGCGUGGAUGUGUGUGAAAACCCCUACCUAAAAAUCAUUGAGUUUAUAUGCAUUCUGUGGUUUACACUGGAAUACCUGACCCGGCUCUGGUGCAGUCCCAAUCGCUGUCGUUUCUUCAAAGACACCCUUAAUACCAUUGAUCUGAUUGCCAUCUUUCCCUUCUAUGUCCACCUUAUAAUUGUGGAGGUGGCCUCCCGCAACAACUUCAAGUCGCUCAGUUCUGUGCGCAAACUGGUACAGAUGUUUCGCAUCCUGCGCAUCGUCCGUAUCUUUAAACUGGCACGUCAUUCUACCGGCCUGCUCUCCCUCGGCUACACCUUCCGGCGAUCC